GCUGGGCGGCGGUUGAGAGGGCGGUGCCAGGAGGCGUAGGUGACGGUCCCCAGGCGCUGGAGUUUCUGAGUGAACGUGGUGCAUUUGUAAACGCCAGAAGGGCGACCGGCGGAGCCAGGAGCCGGGGCGCUGCAGGGCGGCGGCCAUCUCCACGGGAAGUUAACCUCUCCGGUGAAGUCCACCCAGCGAUUCCGAGGUGAGGCGCCAAGCCUGACCCCGCCAAUAUGAAGGCAAAUCAUGUUCAGACCCAGGCGAAGUUUCCUGCUGACCGAGGCUCUCACCGGCACGUUGUCCUUUACUGUCCUCCUGAGGGUGUCUGGAGCUUCAGUGCUGUGUGCUCUCCACCUCCAUGCUGGGGCACCACCGACUCCCACUGUCCAGGGCUUCCAGUGGACUCUCUGAGGCACUGAUGUAGAAUCUUCCCCAUUCGGUGCACCAAGAGCAGCCUCACAUGGUGUGCGCUGACAUGAAGAGCUGCCAGAUCCAACAGAAAUUGGGUUGGUAACAUUGAAGAGACACUUCUCACCUGCCUGAAAUGCCCUACAUUAUCUUCUUCAAGUUGCAUGGGCUCUGGAGCAGCCCUUUCAAUGCUCCCAUAAAGCAGCCAGUGAAUGACAGCUGACCCAGUAUAAAGACCAGGACUAUAGAACUGUGAUAAAGCGUUUGUCCAAGGAAAGGGGCUUUUACUGUUUUUGUUUUCACGGUGGAAAUGGCUAUUUUUCAUCUAAAGUUUUCAGAAUGGCAGCAGCGAGCUUCGGGAGGGAGCCUCAGCCGAGUCUACACACUGGAAUCCCAGAGCUGAGGGAACAGGUGGAAGAAAGAAAGUCAGCAGGUUUAGGGGAUGAGAAUAAUCCACAAAGGACAAGCCAUUGGGAGCCUUGGGAGGAGCCUGAAUCACUGAUGGAAUUGGACAGUGCAUGGAGACGGUUGAGCAGGACGAAGCAGGCCGUUACCUGGGACUCUGGCCACUAUCUCCCACACUCUUGUCAGAGUCUGAGCUACAGGCUGCGCCUUCAGCUCCCAGCUGAAGCAUUGCGAACCUUGUUUUUGCGGUUAAGGACCUUAAGGUGCUGUGUGGAUCAAGUUCUUCUCAACAUCCCUGGCUGUACCUGUGGUGUCCCAAAUGUCAGCAUGGCAACAUCUGGCAGGACUUGUUCCACGAAAACCACAGAGGUGAACUUUCCACAUACCAUCGAGAAUUCCUACUCCCAGCAGGAAGAGACCAAACCGAAUUUCAGAGCCAGCAAAAAUAGACUUCUUCUGAGCCAGGUUGCCUACUUCCAGAACUAUCAGCUGAAGACAUACAAAGAUCGAAAAGAUCACGAUAAAGAGCAGAAAUACAGAGAGAGCAAAAAUAAACUUCUUAUGAGUCAAGUGGCCUACUACCUGGCCUGUCGGCUGAAGAUGAAAGUCCCUGGCUUUCUGUGUUGUGCCCCAAAUGUCAACAUGGUGGCAUCUGGCAGGUCUCCUUCCAGAAAAAGCACAGAAGUGAACAUUCCAGAAGUCAAUGAGCAAUCCUGCUCCCAACAGGAAGAAAACCAACUGAAUGUCGGAGCCAACAAAAAUAGACUUAUUAUGAGGCAGGUGGCGUACUUGCUGAACUACCGGCUGAAGAUAUACGGUAAGUUCUAUAGGUUGACCACCACGAAAGUGAUAAAUGAUGUCCUGUGUUGUCUUGAGUGACUAACGAUUCUCUUCAUCAAAUUUAAUUUUUUCUGCCCAUACUUGCAAACAAUAGAAAUGGGUAUUUUAACAUUUUGGUAAAGAUGGAAGACAGAGGCCAAAGUGUUUAGUAACUUUUCCACAUCUGCAGUAAGGUGGGUGUGGGACU